AUGUCCCGCGUCAGGACCACCGACUUUGAAGAGCGGGACUACUACCCAGCUCCUCGCCGCUCUGCCCCAGAGGGCCUCGAUGAAGUCGACUAUCGUCGUCGCACAGUCACCAUCAGCCCGCCCGCUCGGGAGGAGUCUCGCACACCCGCCUUUCUGAGGGAGGAUGCCCGCCGAACCGAAGCUGGUCCCAUGGUUCUCCGCCAACGUCAGGUUGAGACCAUUGACCGACAUCGACCUAGAAGCCCCAGCCCAGUUGCCCGUGUUAGAGAGGAGCGGAUCAUCCGGAGACCUCGCAGUGUCUCCCCUCCUAGCUCUCACGAACACGAGCAUGAGCGUUCUCGCACCAGAGUCAUUGAGCGUGAGCGUGUUAGGGAGCCUUCUCAGCCACCAAAGAGAGCCCCUUCGCCUCCGCGCGUUGUGAGAUAUAUCGAGCGACCCAAGAAGUCGCCUUCUCCCCCUCCCCCUCCUCCUCCCGCUGUUGAAGAGCGUGAGCGAAUCCGCACUCGCAUUGUCGAGCGCGAAAAGGCCCCAUCCCCUCCUCCUGCCCCCAAGCCCUCUCCUCCUCCUGCUCCGCCACAGACUAUCCGCGGACCAACGAUUGAGCGUGAGGUCAUCACUCACUACCGAGAUAUCGACCAUGGCAUGAUCAAGGCCAAGCCCCCUACCCCUCCCCCUCCGCCGCCCAAGCCCCGCGCUCCCUCUCGGGUGCGAGAACGGGAGACUGAUAUUGAUAUUUCCCUGUCCAAGAACAAGACCGAGGUGGACAUUUCCCGAACAACUCGGACCCGAUCUCAGAGUCGUGAGCGCCGAUCUCACUUCCAUGAUGAUGAGAUCGUGCUUCGAAAGGAGCCAGAGGCGCCUCGACGCCGAGCUCAGUCGGCUGCCCCGCUGCCCACACCCAGCGCUGUUGAUGAGGAGGGAGACUAUCUCACCAGCAAGAUUGAUUCCCGCGGCAAGAUGGGCGAGGCCUGGGGUGGUGCCACCAAGGACUGGACUAUUGUAGAUGUCCCUCCUGGCACUGAGCGCAUCCGCAUGGAUGGCAUCGGCGGUGGCAGCACUGAUACUCACUGGACGAGGUAUAGCGGCGUCCGAAGGAGCAAGUUCAUUCCCGAGAGAGAGGGUGCGCCAGCUCCAGCUCCCGCUCCAGCUCUGCCUCCUCCCAGGGAGCCUACUCCUCCUCCAACCCGUGAUCGUCUCAGCGUGUCUGUCUACGACCGUGAGCGCGAGAUUGAUAUCGAGAGGACCCGGGAGCGAUCCCGCCCCCCCGCUCCCCAACCCGCACCUCCCAAGGACAUGUGGACUGAGAUUACCAAGGACCUGGUUGUGCGCGAAGCCAUCGAGGAGGUUGGAUACGAGUAUGAAGAGACCAAGGAGUUCUUCUACAUCAUGGACUAUCUCAAAUAUGAUGAUGUUCUUCACUUGGUAGACAUUUCUGAUGAGAUUCGGCGAGCCCGGAAGCAGCGAGCACGAGAACUCGAGUGGGAGAGAGAAUACGAAGAAGACUGGGAGCGCACUCGUCACCGUCACCACGGCCCUCGAUGGGACGAGAUCACUGAGCGCGAGAUGGUCUAUGACAGCCGCCCUCCCCGAGGCUACCUGCGAUAA